AUGAGGUUAUACAUUCGAUUUAAAAGGAAGGGGCAUUUUGAUAAGGCUUUGCAAAAUCACCCAGAAGUAACAGUAUUUCUUCAUACAGCUUCUCCAUUUCACUUUAAUACUGGUUGUGUUGAGAAGGAUUUGCUACUUCCAGCAAUUCACGGAACUGAAAAUGCGUUAAAGGCUAUUAACUCCAACGGACCUCAAAUUCGUAAAGUUGUUUUAACAUCUUCAUUGGCAGCAAAUUUUGAUGUUCAACAUUAUAAUAAUCCUAAUAGUACAUUCAGCAAAAAAACCUGGAAUCCAUUGACUUAUGAUCAAUGUAAAAAUGAUCCUUUUGUGGGAUAUGUUGGUUCUAAGGCGUUAGCCGAUAGAGAGCGUGGUAGUUCAUAG